UCAAAUACAACAGUAUCAAACAUGACAGGAAUAAUGCCACCCAUGCUUUUAAUACUAGUCGUCUCAUCAUUAACAAUUCCUACAUUUGGUCAGCUUUGUCCAGCAAUUGCAUCCUAUAGUAAUUCCUGGAACAAAGGUCAAACUGGAACCCUUGAUAUAACAUUUCCAUCCUUGGUUUCAGAAUGGCAAGUCUUGAUGGUCUUUGAUAAACCACUGACAGAUUUUGACUUCUACCAAGGAACUGUUACAAGGAUUGAUUCAAAAACAUUCUUGAUAAAAAGUAAAACAUGGAUUAGUUUGCAAUCUGCAGGAUCAAAAAUAUCAUGUGGUUGGAAAGCUUUGUUUAAUUCAAUGUCUGUUCCACCAAAAGUAACAUCUGCUGAGCUUGUAGGAUUUGAAUGUAACACUUCUGGAACCUCCAUAACAACCUCAUCAGCACAAACCCAACCUACUACAUCUACAUUGUUAACAACAUCAACCCUGAGUGAGACUUCUUCACCCACUAUGGGGAUAAAUUGUCCAACAGCAGUAUCAUAUGGUAACUCCUGGAAUCAGGGUCAAGAUGGAAACCUUGAUAUAACCUUUCCGUCUGCAGUCUCUGAUUGGCAGGUUACUUUGAUCUUUGAUAAGCCAAUAAAUCAACUGAAUUUUUACCAGGGAUCAGUUACAAAGAUUGAUUCUAAAACAUUCUUAAUUAAAAGUCUAAGUUGGAAUAGUGUGCAGGCCUCAGGAUCUAAAAUAGUAUGUGGUUGGCAAGCACUAUUUGAUGCAACUUCCAGUCCACCUAGGGUAGUAUCUGCACAGCUUAAUGGAUUUGACUGUGCAGCGUCUUCAUCAAAAGCUCCUAGUUCUUCAACUAUAUCCUCAACUUCUUCAACAACCACAAAAUCUACAACAAACCCCACCACAGCUUUUUCAUCCAUUAGUACAAGUACUGUCACCAUCACUACAACUGCUAGUCAGGGGAUAAUCAAAAUUUGUCCAACAGCAGUUUCCUAUGGUAACUCCUGGAAUCAGGGUCAAGAUGGAAACCUUGAUAUAACCUUUCUGUCUGCAGUCUCUGAUUGGCAGGUUACUUUGAUCUUUGAUAAGCCAAUAAAUCAACUGAAUUUUUACCAGGGAUCAGUUACAAAGAUUGAUUCUAAAACAUUUUUAAUUAAAAGUCUUAGUUGGAAUAGUGUGCAGGCCUCAGGAUCUAAAAUAGUAUGUGGUUGGCAAGCACUAUUUGAUCCAACUUCCAGUCCACCUCGGGUAGUAUCAGCACAGCUUAAUGGAUUUGAUUGUGGAGCAUCUACAUCAACAACUCUUGAAUCUACAUCAACUGCUUCCUCAGUGACAACUACAACUGUAUUAUCCACUGCAACUGCAACGAUUCCCUCUUCCACUUUUACUGCAACAAUAACUUCCUCCACUGCUGUACCAAUCACAUCCUCCACAACAAUCUCUUCUUCUUCUCCUACUACAGCAUCCACAUGCUCUGUAAUACUUAAGUAUGACUACAAUGAAGUAAUUCAUCUUUCAAACCUUUUCUACCAAGCUCAAAGGUCUGGAAAUCUGGAUGCAUUUGGAGAUUUCAAUCAUGAUAUGAUUCCAUACAGAGGAAACUCUGCAUUGCAAGAUGGUUCUGACAAUGGAGUGAAUUUAUCGGGUGGAUAUUAUGAUGCUGGUGACUUUGUUAAAUUCAACUUUCCAAUGGCAGCAGCAACUACACUGAUUGCAUGGGGUGCAAUAGACUUCAAGAGUGGAUAUGAGGCUUCAGGAGAAUAUAAUGCUACUCUCAAUACAAUCAAAUGGGCUACUGAUUACUUUAUUAAAUGCCACACAAAUACAAAUGAAUUAUGGGCCCAGGUUGGAGAUGGAAAUGCUGAUCAUAGUCAAUGGACUAGAGUUGAGCAAAUGACAAUUCAUCGACCAUCCUUUAAAAUAGAUUCUCAAAAUCCAGGCUCCGAUCUUGCAGGAGAAACCUCAGCUGCUCUUGCAGCUGCUUCAAUUGCAUUUAAAGAUGUUGAUCCAUCAUAUUCUUCUACUUUGCUUUUGGAGGCAAAGUCAUUAUUCAAUUUUGCUGAUACCUACAGAGGUGCUUACAGUGAUUCUGUUUCAGCAGCAGGAAGUUUCUACAGAUCAUGGAGUGGUUAUAUGGACGAGCUAGUUUGGGCAGGGGCAUGGUUAUACAAAGCUACCAAAGAAACUAGCUACCUUGACCGUGCAACACAGCUUUAUGUUGAUAAGUCAGUGGGUGAGUUUUCUUGGGAUGACAAAACAAUUGGCGGUCAAGUUUUGCUGGCCCAGCUAACAGGUGACAUCAAAUAUAUAAACAAGGUUAGUGACUUCUGCAAUAGAAUGAUAAAUUCACAAGUAAAGACUCCUAAGGGCAUGGUUUUUAUUCAACAAUGGGGACCUCUUAGACAUGCCUCUAAUGCUGCCUUUGCUUGUCUUGAAGCUGCCAAAAUAAAUCACACAAGUAUUGAUUCAACAAAGUUUCAACAGUUUGCCAUGGAUCAAAUUCAUUACGCUUUGGGGGAUACAGGAAGAAGCUUUGUUGUUGGAUUUGGAACUAACCCUCCAACCCGCCCUCACCAUAGAUCCUCUUCCUGCCCAACAAAUCCAAAUGCUGUGUGUGACUGGAAUUCUUAUAACAAUCCUGGACCUAACCCCAGCACCUUGUGGGGAGCUCUUGUUGGCGGCCCAGGUCUGGAUGACAGCUAUGCUGAUUUAAGAAGUGACUACAUCAAAAAUGAAGUAGCAUGUGAUUAUAAUGCAGGAUUUCAGUCAGCAUUAGCAGGUCUUCGAACCUUAGCAACAGAAGGAAAACUACCAGGAAAGAAGGGAUUAGUUUGCUAAUUAGUUCCAAGAAAACCUCUGGAAAAGAUUAAUUGGAUUCAAUUUGGAAAUAAAUAAUAUUGGCUAAUGAUAAUUUUAAACAAUAAAUAGAUAAUUUUCUA